UGUUGCGUCUCGAAAUUGGGUUUUGGGGUGUGACACAAUCCAACGAAAUUCCAUGGAGUAUCCAGAUGUGAUACGGCCAAGGAGAUGUGGGACAUGUUGGAAGUAAUACAUGAAGGAACAAGUCAAGUGAAGGAGUAAAAAAUCAAUAGAUACACUCACAUAUAUGAGGUUUUCAAGAUGAAACCAAAGGAGAGCAUUCAAGAUAUGUAUGCAAGAUUGAAUGAUAUAGUCACCAAUCUCAAGGGUCUUGGUGAAGUGUAUCCUCCUCAAGAAGUGGUGAGGAAGGUUCUUAGAAGCUUGCCCAAUAAUUGGGAAGCCAAGAAGACCACAAUUGAAGAGUUUAAGGAUCUCAACACUUUUGAGCUUGAAGAUCUCAUUGGAAAAUUGAUGACAUAUGAAAUAGAAGUUCAAGUUGAUGGUGGAGUUGAAGUAGUUGAGAAGAAGAAGAAGGAUGUUGCAUUCAAGGCUACAACCAAAAGAAAAACAGUGAUGAUGAGACUAGCUCAAUGGAAAGUGAAAGCUUCUUGGAGAAAGGUGUUGCAAAUCUUUGUUUCAUGGCUCAAGAGGAUAACAACAAUGAUGAGAAGGUGAACUCUAACUGUUCUAGUUCAAUUAAUGAAAGUUCAUUUGAGUUAUGAUGAUUUAUGCAAAGUUCUUGAUUGCUUUAUGAAUGAUAUUAAGAAACUAGGGAAUGAGAAUCUAGCACUUACUAAAUCCAUCUCUUUACUUAAAGAUGAGCUUAAAUCUCUUUCAAAACAAAAUGAGGUUUUAGUUAAAGAGAAUGCUUCCUUAAAUGUUGAGAUUGCUUUUUUAAAGAAUGAAGAAUCUAGUAGUGCUUUGAAAAAGGAAAAUGAGAACAUGACAAAGAAAGUUUGUGAUCUUGAGAAUGUGAUUUCCAAAUUUACCCUAAGUAAAGAAAAAUUUGAUUCUAUUUUGAAUUCUCAAAGAAGUGUUUAUAAUGAAAGGGGCAUAGGAUUUGAGUAUUCUAAAGAGCAAAGAACUUUCAAUAAUUUCUUUGUAAGAGCAAGUCAAUCUUCUAAUUCUAAAGUUACUUGCUUCUGUUGUGGUGCAAAGGGACACUUUGCUUAUAUGUGUCCUUUGAAGAGAUUGAUAGCUUAAGGCAAAGUGAAGCAAAUUUGGGUUCCAAAAGGAACCUUAAGUACUAACUCCCAAACGACCCAAGCAAAUUUGGGUACCAAAGAUCAAAACUUAAUUUAGUUUUGUAGGUAAAGUUGAUGGCAAAGUCAUAAGAAAAGCAAAGUUGACCUUGAUAAAAACUUAUGCCUCAACAAGAAUGUUGGAAUGAAAGUGUAAAGAAAAAUUUGUUUUUGAAUACUCCGCUCAUGUGCUUAAAUUGGUUUUAUUUAUCUUAUAGCAUUUAUUCAUUGAGUAUAAUUACAUUAGCAUGACCAUUAAUUAUUAGUUCAUGUGUGCUCACUCUUUAAAUAAUACAUAUGCUUGUUGAGUAUGAUUCCAUAUGUGUCUUUUCUAGUGUUGAUACAACCUUGUUGAUUGCUAUAAAUAUUACUUGUAUCA